UGCUAUUUUUGGUGGUCAGUUCUUAAGCGAUCCCGUGUACCUCGAGGAACCUGCUUUGUUGAUGGAGAUUCGCUGACGAUGGCUCAAAAUCGGUUGUCGAAUGUGACGGUGGAACAAGUUAAAGGUGACAUAAUCAUUUAACUAUAUUUUGGUUUUAUCAGUACAAUCUUUCAAAGCUGUAAGUGAGAUGUCUUGCUAAAUACGGCCUCUGAUCGGCUCGUUAAGUCAUUUUGCAUUGUUUACGUCCCUGUUAGCUAUGUAAACUACUUCACAUAGUGAUCGGAAACGCUCAGAAUGGUGUCAGCAGGUUAUGAUUUUUUUCUAUUUGAGCGCUAAGUUAAAACAUUCAUGAUCUCAUGUUCCAAAACCGAGCGAAAUCGUGCAGGUAGGAAACAGAGCCUGAGGACUAAUUAUAUGCUAAGAGGGUAAAGUUUCCGCACAGCCCCAUAAUAUUGUAAAACAAAUCUGUUUUCCCAAGGGCAAUGUAUUGUUUUUGUCGUUGUUUUCUCUAUUCAAGAAUUGAAUACAUAAUGUGGUAUGAGGCUAUACUUCCACUCAGUCUCCCACUUCCAAAGCACUGUUCCCUUUGGUAAAAGGGGAUACCGAUGAGUGUUUAGGUAUCAUUAUCCUAAACAAUUGUGUUAUCCAUAUUAUUCAGCUGCUAUGAAAGAAAUUUUAGAAGCAUUUGACAAGCCACAAAACAAAGCUAAAAUGCAAGAAAUUGAACAGGAGGCUAAUAGUGAUUUGGUAAAGCUGCUUCAAGAACGACUGCCAUUUGCUGCAGAGAUUCAGAAAGAGGUGAUUAAGUGUCAUGGCUUCUCUGAUGAUGGAGAUCAAGGUAACUCUGUAGUAGCUUCCUGGGAAAUGGGUAGUGGCAGAAAUGGAAAAGAAAAAAAAGGCACUUUCCUCUGUUACCCUUUAGUCACUUGGUCCAUUUCCACCCUUACCUCCUAAUCACCAGAAAUGACAUUCACUGGGUUGUCUUCAGAGAAAAUUUUUUUUGUUAAGAAAAACUGCCGGCCAGGUCAAUUAAUCCUGAAUCUUAAGCACUAAUCUACAGGAAGUGCAAAUUAAUGUUUGGGAACUAUUAAAGUUGCUCUGCCUAGAACCAUAGUAUUUAUGUGCAUUUUGUGCUAGAAAUCAAACAUUGAGUGGUUGAUUGGAAUAGAUAUAGAUACAUAUUUAAAAUAAGUCAACUAAGUGGUCUAUUGAUUUGUUUCUGCUUUAGGUUCUCUGACAUUUACUCAUGCUAUCAAGUUGUUUGAAAAAGAGGAUGAAGAAAUUGCCUCCAUGGCAGCUGAUCUGAAGAUGAAGUUCAUACCACCCCUUCCACACCCCCCUCUUUUUGUUCCUAGGGAUGUCACAUGA